UUUAUUUUGUUCAUAAAGAAUUAAUCGUAGACAUAAUUUUCUCUAAGCAAUUUUAUUCAUUUUGUGCACAAAAUAAAGCGAAAACAAGAUUCGGAUUUGAAGACAUACCCAAGAACAUAAAUAACGUGCCAAAAAAGAAGGUCGAGUAAUAAGAAAUGCUUUAAUUUGGCAUGAGUAAAUUGACAAAAAUAAAAAAAACAUUGCUUAAGGAUUGCCUACCCAGACUGAGACUGCGACUCCGACUGCGACUGCGACUGAGACGGAGACGGAGACGGAUAUGGCCCUGUUUUGGAACGUGAACUGCGACGGCUGCGGCACCACGCAGUUUCGGCACUACCGCUACAAGUGCCUGCGGUGCGCGGACUUCGACCUGUGCUCCGACUGCUACGAGCUCGGGCCAAUGACCGAUGACCACUCGCCGGCGCACCCGUUCCAGUGCCUGCUGGACCGCGCCGCCCGCGAGCUGCACUUCGGCGGCGAGCAGAUUCCGUUCAUGUGCGCCGACAGCUUCACGUGCCCGCUGUGCGGCGAGAUGGGCAUGACCUCCGGCGAACUGAUCAAGCACUGCCAGAAGCGGCACCAGGCGGUGCGCACGCCGGUCAUCUGUCCGCUCUGCGUGUCCGUGCCGUCCUCGUGUCCGGACCGCGUGACGAAUCUGGUCGACCACAUGGCCAUUGAGCAUCCGACGACCUUGCUGCGCCUGCUGGAGGGGCACCCGCAAUCGCCCCCGCACUCGCCCCAGCCCCCGCCACCACCGCCGCCGCCACCACCACCACCAACAACAACAACGUCCGUCUUCAGUGGCGGCCCCUAUCAGUGGUCCGGGUUGGGCAAUCUGGACCUCAUGGGGAGCACCCUGCAGCAGCAGCAGCAGCAGCAGCAGCAGCAGCUGCAGCACCAGCGCGCCCAGGUGCGCUUCAUCCUGCCCAUGUUUGCAGUGGAAGAGGAUCUCGGCGAUGAGGACGUCGAUUUCUGAAGCGGAAUCUGGAGGAUCGGAUGGAGGAUCGGAUGGAGGAUGUCCAAGGAGCACACUUACUUCCAUAUAUAUUUUCUUGUUGUUCACUCUAAGCCGCACACACACACACACACACAAGCACAGACACUCACAAAAGCACACUUAAAACAUAUUUACACUUUAAUAAACA